GCUCGUGUGGGCUGCGACACUAAUGAGCUCUAGCAGGAAGGAAGGAUGUAAAAUGCUUUCUCUGGAGACUUUAGCUUCUGAUAGUUGGAUUCUGAAGAUUUACUUUUUUGCUUGUCUUACUGGAAGAUGGCUAAAUGGUGCUGAAUCCUUCAGGAGUGAGUGAACACUGCCAUGGACAACUUCAAAGGCUCUUUCUUGAAGCACCACAAGCAGUUAAUGCACCUUCUAAAGGACUCCUGACCUUUUGCAGCUCCGUAACUCAUAUCUAGAUGUCACCCGUGUUUCCCAUGUUAACAGUUCUGAGCAUGUUUUACUACAUGUGCCUUCGGCGCCGAGCUAGGACAGCCACAAGGGGAGAAAUGAACAGCCGGAGAGCCCUCGAAUCCAAUACCAGAGCCUUACCUAUCAACGUGGAAAUCGUGCAGUACGCCAAAGAAGUGCUGGAUUUCAGCUCUCAUUAUGGAAGCGAAAACAGCAUGUCCUACACCAUGUGGAAUUUAGCAGGUAUUCCCAACGUGUACCCCAGCUCCGGGGACUUCACGCAGACCGCCGUGUUCCGAACGUACGGCACGUGGUGGGAGCACUGCCCCAGCGCUCGCUCGCCCUUCCAGAGGACGCCGCCCGCCUUCUGCAGCCAGGACUACGUGGAGCUGGCCUUUGAGGAGCCCGUGUACCCCACAGCGGUGCAUAUUCUGGAGACCUACCACCCCGGGGCUGUAGUCAGGAUUUUGGCAUGCUCUGCAAAUCCGUACUCACAAAAUCCGCCAGCUGAAGUAAGGUGGGAAAUUCUUUGGUCUGAGGCACCCACAAAGGUGAACGGUCCCCAAGCUCGACAGUUCACACCUUGUAUCAAACAGAUAAACUUUCCCACCAACUUAAUUCGCCUGGAAGUCAACAGUUCUCUCCUGGACUAUUACACUGAAUUAGAUGCAGUAGUACUGCAUGGUGUGAAAGAGAGGCCUGUGCUCUCCCUUAAGACUUCAAUGAUUGAUAUGAAUGAUAUUGAUGAGGAUGAGGAUGACGAGAAGUAUGGCUGUGGAAUGGACACUCUUAAUAAGCAAUUCAGCGUUGUUACCCUCAGGGAGUGGCCAACUAAUGGAUAUUUUGAUAAACUGCCUUAUGAGCUCAUCCAGUUGAUUCUGAGUCACCUCACGGUACCAGACCUGUGUAGACUAGCACAAACUUGCAAGCUCCUCUAUCAACAUUGCUGUGACCCGCUCCAGUACAUUCAUCUCAGUUUACAACCUUACUGGGCGAGGAUUAACGACGCCUCUCUGGAAUACCUGCAGUCCCGCUGCACUCUCAUCCAGUGGCUGAAUUUGUCUUGGACUGGAAACAGGGGAGCCAUCUCUGUUUCUGGAUUUAGCAGGUUCUUGAAAGUUUGUGGCUCUGAGCUUGUGCGCCUUGAGUUGUCCUGUGGUCAUUUCCUCAAUGAGACGUGUUUGGAGGUCAUUACUGAACUCUGUCCAAAUCUUCAGGAGCUGAAUCUUUCCUCAUGCGAUAAGAUACCACCUCAGGCUUUCAACCACAUAGCCAAAGUGGGCAGCCUUAAGCGUCUCAUUCUUUACCGAACGAAAGUGGAGCAAACAGCACUGCUCAGUAUCCUGAAUUUCUGUUCGGAACUUCAGCACCUCAGCCUGGGGAGCUGCGUCAUGAUUGAAGACUAUGAUCUCAUAGCAAGCAUGAUGGGAGCAAAAUGCAAAAAGCUUCGCAGCCUGGAUCUGUGGAGAUGUAAGAACAUAACUGAAAACGGAAUAGCAGAGCUGGCCUCGGGCUGCCAGCUUUUGGAAGAACUCGAUCUUGGCUGGUGCCCUACGUUGCAGAGCAGUACAGGCUGUUUCACCAACCUGGCACGCAGGCUGCCCAACUUGCAGAAGCUCUUCCUGACAGCCAACAGGUCUGUGUGCGACUCCGACAUCGAAGAGCUCGCUGCCAACUGCACUCGCCUCCGGCAGCUGGACAUACUGGGCACAAGGAUGAUGUAGUGAUGUUUUACAGUCCAGCCUAAGCGACCCAACAGAUAAAUGCAAGAACCUUCCACCUGAACUUAUAGCAGAAACGAGAGAGAGAGAAUUGCCAGCUGCCUCUUGGUAUUGGAUAUAAAGUGUGAGCCAGGUACUUAGUGUCCUAAAUGAUAAUUUGUAGAGAACUCCAAAACCAUUUUCUUUUCAAAUUUCUCCUGUGGUCAAGACUGUGUUGAUGUGUGAUACGUCUGCUUAUCAUGCAAAUGAAAAUCAAUACCUAGGAUAAUGCUUUAGCAACUGUAUAUAUGAUUCCUCUUUUAUAGGAAUCCAACAUGGUGCCAAGUGUAAAAGCAAACAUUUUUGUUCAGCAAAAUAGCAAUGAAAAUAGUGCUUGUGAAACAAGGGCAAUAUGAUGUGGUAACUUAUUAGUUUAUGGUACUUGUUUUGUGUUCUUUCCAAGAGAGGUGACAGCUCCAAGUACUAUUGGACUGUCUCUCUCCUUAACACUGUUUAGCCUUUGGAGAAGGAAGGCUGUGUUGAUGGAUGAAUUCCAGAGCUUUCUUCCUACUCCUCUUGCGAUUCCUCAGAUGAAGUUUUCUUUUUGUUUUGUUUUCUUUUGAUUACUGCUGCAAAAGCGUGUUGCUCUUCACAGCUUGAGUUUGUCACUGUACAUUUUUAUCCACUGUUGGUGAACGUGGACCAUAAAACACAGCCUGUCGUUUGGAAGCUGCCGUAAAGGCAGAGACACCGGAGCCCCCACGGAUUCCUGGUGACCCGCUGGAAGAACAGGCAAAACGUUCCGUGUGGCCGAAGCACCGUGUGACGCUGCAAAGGGCACUUCAGCGUAUGCAGUAAUCCCUGCUCGCUGCAAAGGAGAGCCUCGAGCCGCUGAGGAUUUGGCAGCCUCGGAGACUCUUGAAUGAACGCGCCGAUACUUUAUAAACCAUGUCGUGGGACAGCGACAGAACACAUCUGACUUUAUAUAAGACCUUUUUUCUGAUUUUUCUUUUUUUAAUUUACCUAAUCUUCUGAGAAUUUCAGAUCCAAAGAAGGGCAUGUACCUGUCUUCCCCUUGCCCCCUUCUCUCCACAGAGAUGGCACUACGGGAUUUCUAGCUAGGUUGCACUAUUCCAUUUUUUUCUUCCCUAGAAACCUGGAGAUUCCUAGAAAACUUUAAACUUAGAUUUUUUUUUUUUUUUUAUUCUUCCUCACUGACAGAUGUCAGCUUUGGUGUGAUUCUGUGCGAGACCUCAUUCCUUUCAGUCAGGUUUGGGUUGGUUUAUGUUUCUGGGAACUUAAUUUUUAAUAUUAUUUUAUCUCAAGUAAUGUUGUUCAUAGUAAUUGAGGAUUAGACAUUAUUGUCCUAGCUGUAGAAGAACAUAGGUUCAGAAAAUGAGAGUUUACAAAUACCAGGACUUUAAAAUAAAUGUGUUUUGU